AUGCCUCAUAACAUCAAGUUCCUGGCACCUGAACCUAUCAAUUUGGUCAACAAUGAAUCUUCUUCAGAAGAGCUUAUGACUCCAUCUUUACACUUCAGAGAUAUAAGAGUAGGAAAUUGCACCAUCGUGAAUAGUCAAAAUAAUAAGUUCACCGUAUGGCAAAUAGAAGUAACUCUCGCCCCAACUGGCAUUAGUGGAAGAAGUAGUCCCAAAAUACACAUUUACAAACGAUACACUGAGUUCGAGGCUUUCAGGGAGAAAAUGAUGCAAACCCUAUCUGCAGAUCUGAGGCCUAACGUUCCACCUUUACCGCCCAAACUCUCUUGGUAUGAUGCGUGGCGCUACGAAGACGCAAACUUUAAGAGCGGCUGGCUCGCUCGACGUCGUGCGGGGUUGGAGCUUUUUCUGAAUACACUAUUGCUAAAUGACAAAAUACUGUUGGAGGGUGUUGAGUGCAUCAAAGAGUUUUUAAAGAAGUGA